AUGUUUAGAGCUUUAGAAAGACAUACACAAGAUAUUAAAGCAGAUUUAUUCGAAUUUAAUAAUGAAUUACUCAUGCACUUGCAAAAGAAUGAUCAAUUAAACGAAUCUAACUUUCCUGAAAUCAGAGAUUAUCCAGUUUCAACAGAUUUACAAAAUAAAAUCACAAUUACAGAGGAUGGCGAUCAAGAAAUUUCAUUCCUAUCACCAGUAUCAGCAAUCGAUAUUUCAUGGGGCCGAAAAAACAUUGUUUUUGGAAGUUACAGCUCGUUAUUUUUAUCUGAAAUAGAAAAUUUACCUUCAGCUCAACAAAUAAACGGAUCAAAAACAGCAGGUAAUCAAUCUUACAUACGAAACGUUGCAUAUCAUCCAUCAGACGCCUUAAUUGCCUUUUCAGGGCAACUCGGAUCAAUAAAUCUCUACGAUAUUCAAACAUUGUCAACUAUAUCUACGACAAAAAUGCAUUCAUCGGUUGUCAUAGGACUUGGUUUUACAAGUGAUGGCUCCAAAUUAGUUACUACUAGUAGAGAUGGAAUUAUUAACGUGACAGAUUUAGUACAAUCGAAGAUAGUAAAAGAAAUUAAGGUUAAGAUUAAUCUUACUUGCAUGACGAUGUCUAAAUCUGACGAUUAUUUAGCUGUAGGGACUGAAGAAGGAACGAUUUAUUUAUUUGAUAACAGAGUUCAAGAAGGUGUUCAGACAAUUGAUGCACACUAUGCACAAGUAAUAUGUUUGGCUACAAAUAAUGAAGGAAUUAUUGCAAGCAGAGGAAAAGACAAAACUUGUAGAUUAUGGGACAUAAGAGAAACAAUUUCUUCAACAGGAUGCAUAGCAAGUAAUGCAGAUGGAUUAUGCUCCCUAGAUAUUUAUGAUAAUAAACUGCUUUCUGCAACAGAAUCAGGAGAUCUCAAAUUGUAUGACUUAAGUACAACAUUUCCUCUUGCUAAAACUAAAUGCUUGUCGCGACCGAUCGCUGUAAAGUACGUUCCUGAACUAAAUUCAUUGAUUUAUUCAACUGAAGAUUCAAAGCUGCAUAUUGAGAAGAUCAAGGCAAUUGAGCAGCAAACUGACCAGUAG